CUGGUAGUUGACAUGGCGGAAUCAGAAAAACCAACGUAUGAAAUUGAUUUGGAUAAGAUCAUAGGAAGCCUGAAGGAUAACAUACGCCAUCCUGGAGUGCGUGUUCCAAUCACGGAGUUGGAAUGUGUGGCUUUGUGUUGCCUCGUGAAACCCAUUUUCCAAAGCGAAAAUAUGCUCAUUCGUAUUCAUGCUCCAAUCAAAGUUUGUGGAGAUAUUCACGGUCAAUUCUAUGAUUUAUUACGACUGUUUGAUAUAUGUGAAUAUCCGCCAAGAUCUCGCUUUCUGUUUCUUGGGGAUUACGUUGACCGUGGUCCACAGUCUGUUGAGACACUCUGCUUAUUAUUCGCGUUUAAAAUCAAAUACCCCCGAGGAUUUUUUAUGCUACGUGGGAAUCACGAGAGUGAACUUAUUAAUCGAGUAUAUGGAUUCCGAGAGGAGCUCAAAGAACGGUUUGGCAAGAGCAAAGUCCACAAACAUUUUGUGUCCGUGUUCAAUGUAAUGCCUGUGGCUGCGGUCAUUGAAAAUAGCAUCUUUUGCUGUCACGGUGGUCUCUCCCCUGAUCUAAUCCCUGAAGUACACAAGCCGUUAGAUACACUUAUUAACCAAAUUCAACGUCCGACCGAAAUUCCUCGUCAAGGUUUGUUGUGUGAUCUGGUCUGGUCUGAUCCAGCCGAUUAUACCCAGGCCGGGGACUUGCCAGUUGGCUGGCUUCCGAGUAGCCGAGGUUGCGCGUACAAUUUUGGGGUGGAUGUCAUCAACACGUUUUUGGAUACGUAUGAGUUGGAUCUUGUGGUCCGAGCCCACCAAGUGGUUGAGGAUGGAUAUGAGUUCUACUACGAGAACAGGUUGAUCACCUUGUUCUCCGCUCCAAACUACUGUAACCAAUUCCAAAAUUCCGGUGGCGUUUUUGUGGUUCGCAAAGCCGAUGAAGUUUUCGGUACGUUGGAAGGUGGAUUCGAAGUAAUCCGACCUGACAACAGAUAUCGUUUCAAUUUCUACACACGAAAGCAACAUAUUGAUGCAAAUGACUGA